UGGUUUGUUGCAUGAAGCUUUAAUGAAAGAAGCAUUGUUGCAUUCAGUCUCUUAACUUUCGGUCUUUACUUCACUAUAAGGCAACACAUUUGCUCUCUACAACCCAAACAUGGCAAGCCUAAGUACAGAAUAUGUCUUUCCUCAACCUAGAACAACCUACAAUAAUGAGGAGCUCAGGAUUGUGAUGGUGGGAAAAACUGGCGCUGGGAAGAGCGCCACAGGAAACACCAUUCUGGGGAAACAGGUCUUUGAAUCAUACUUCUCUGCUAAAUCUUCGACUGAUAAAUGUGAUAAGGUCUUUGGUGAGGUUGAUGGACAAAAGGUUGCUGUUGUCGACACUCCGGGUCUGUUUGACACCGGAAUUGAUGAAAAGAAAAGAGUUAAAGAUAUUGCCCAGAGCAUUUCUUUUGCGUCUCCUGGACCCCAUAUCUUCCUGGUCGUCAUCAGACUGGGCAGAUACACAGAGGAAGAAAAGCACACAGUGCAGAAGAUACAGGAAAUAUUUGGAGAGGAAGCAGACAAAUACAGCAUGGUUCUCUUUACCCAUGGUGACCUGCUCAAAGGGGAACAGAUUGAGGAGUUCAUGAGAGACAGUGAAGACCUGCAGGCACUUGUGGGCAGAUGUAAUGGCCAGUACCAUGUCUUCAAUAAUAAUGACCCGAAGGAUCGUUCUCAGGUCAGCGAGCUGCUCAACAAGAUCAGAAACAUAACCGAGAAGAACGGAGGAAGUCAUUACACCACUGAAAUGUUCCAGAGGGCAGAGAAGAAGAUUGAAGAGGAAAAACAACGAAACCUUAUAGAGAAACAAGCACAAAUGAGCGGAGAGCUGGAGGAACUGAAAAAGAUGGUAAAGGUAAUGUAUGAGAAACAGAUAAGGGAGGCUAAGGCUGACAGGGAGAGGGAGACAUUAAGGGCAGCUCAUGAAAACAAAAUGGAAGAGGAAAUAAAAAAACUAAAAGACAUGCGGGAAAGGCAGGCCAGACAGGAAGCUGAGAAAAGCCCUUCAAUACUCGAACUGUUAGCUGAGCUUAUUAAACAAGUGUUAUUGUGUUAUGGCAGCAAUUUUCCUGUCAAAUACCUGAAACUACCAGAACCAGUAGCAUUUCUUGUAAAUGCUGAUGGGAGGGGUGGACAGUGUUUGGUAGGUGUGGCUUAUUACAUGAAGUUCUUAUAUAGUGUUGUUGCAGACAGACUUAGUUCUUCAGCUCAGCAGCAGACCUGCUCUUUCCUCCAUAACCCAAGGAUGGCCAGCGAAAAUACCAGAAAUGCCAUCCCAUCUGAACUGUGCAGAUACAAUAAUGAGGAGCUCAGGAUUGUGAUGGUGGGGAAGACUGGAGUUGGGAAGAGCGCCACAGGAAACACCAUUCUGGGAAAACAGUACUUCAAAUCAAAGUUCUCCCCUAAAUCUUUAACUGAACACUGUGAUAAGGCCGAUGGUGAGGUGGACGGACAAACAGUUGCAGUUAUUGACACUCCGGGUCUGUUUGACACCAGGAGUGAUCAAGAGAAAACAGUUAAAGAUUUUGCCCAGUGCUUUUCUUUUGCGUCUCCUGGACCCCAUAUCUUCUUGGUCGUCAUCAGACUGGGCAGAUACACAGAGGAAGAAAAGCAGACGGUGCAGAAAAUUCAAGAAAUAUUUGGAGAGGAAGCAGACAAAUACAGCAUGGUUCUCUUUACCCAUGGUGACCUGCUCAAAGGGGAACCAAUUGAGGAGUUCUUGAGGGACAGUGAAGACCUGCAGGCACUUGUGGGCAGAUGUAACGGCCAGUACCAUGUCUUCAAUAAUGACCUGAAACAUUGUUCUCAGGUAAGUGAGCUGCUUAAGAAGAUCAGAAACAUAACCGAGAAGAACGGAGGAAGCCAUUACACCACUGAAAUGUUCCAGAGGGCAGAGAAGAAGAUUGAAGAGGAAAAACAACGUAUCCUUUUAGAGAAUAAAGAGCCAAUCCGCAAAGAGCAGGAGGAACUGGAGAAGACAAUAAAGGGAAAGUAUGAGCAACAAAUGAGGGAGGUGAAAGAUGACAAGGAGAGGAUAGAGAAAUUAAGGGCAGCUCGUGAAAAAGAACUGGAGGAGGGAAUUAAAAUACUGAAAUAUAGGCAAAACAAGGAGGCCAGAAGGAAAGCUGAGAAGAGCCCUAAAUUACUCGAAAUAGUAGCUGGAGUUUUAGGAGUUGUUGUUCUUGUUUUGUCAGUAUUAGCUAAAUUUAAGUUUUGACUUGUUAAUAUUCACAUUCCAGGUUUUGGUUUUCUGGUCUUAUUUGUAAUCAUAAUAGUGUUGAGUAUUUUAUUACAUUAAAAUUGUGGUUACUUUAGAUUUUUAACGUGUGAUAUUUACUUCCACGAUGUGGACCUAUCCUUUAGCUUGCGAUUGUGCUCCACAUAAUAGUUUGCACCGCCCCAGGAAAAUUUGUCUAUCUUUUAUUUUUUUGACUUGGUUUAUAAUUUGUCUGUAAAUUUCACCUAAUGUUCUGUGUUCCACUAAUACUCAAAAUAUGCUGACCACAUAAAAAACAGGGUUUGAUUUCUGUAAUAUCUCAAGUAUUGUUACUUUAAUAAAUAUGUCAAUCAAAUUGGAUUGUAUAGUACAGAUGUAUAUAACUUGCCAUGGAAGUUGUAUAUCAUUUCUUUUGCUGAUUGACUUGGUUUUAUUGUUAAUCAUUUACACAUUUAACGUGUAGGUUUGUUGUGUAUGAUGUAAUAACUGACACCUGCUCUCUUUACAUCAAGGAUCACAACUUCUCUUGUGUGUGGUUGAAUAUCCUCUGCUUCAUAAUGUCAAAUAAACCAAACAAAACUUU